AUGUCUAGACCUCGAGUCUUGUACUUUUUCCCUCGCUGCAGACUCUGCCGUUACAAGGUUGAGGAUGGCGACGACGCUGUCGUAGUGUCCGUGGACAAUUAUCGGACUGCCUCAUUCACGUAUCGCUAUGGCGCUUCUCACGUCGACAGGAAAUGGGGGAGGAAAAUACAGUGCUGCUCAGCACCAUUUGAGGACAUGGGCCGCCAUGAGCCUGCAAUUGGGUGUCACAGCAAAUGUCUGGCCUUUUUGACUAAGCUGGAGCCUUCAUUGGAAUUUCGAUCCGGCAUGCCUUUGUGGCACUAUACCGAACUGGUGGACAAGAACAGUAAACCAUCCGGGAUCGAUCUUAUAGACGCAUCAACGAAAAAUAACCUGGAGAGAAUUUACGAUGUAAGACAGCCGACCAGGGCAAGCAUACACCCUUUCAGUGUGAAUGGGCUUUUACACAGCACUGGGAUCUUCUUUUCCGGGCGAAUUCAGUCCGCUAGAUCGCCUACGCAUAGACUGUACACUACUAGCAUAUACUGGUAUGACCCUCCUGCGUCUGAGGACGAGCGUCGACUUCGAGUCUCGACCGACAUGCUCUGCGAUCUUCUUCGAAGUACAAUUGGCCGUGAUUGCAAACUUCCUACUGAAAUUUGGCGGAUGAUAGCAGCACAUCUCUCACCCGAGUACGCAAUCACGUCAUUAUGGACGGCACCUUACCGGGGAGAGUCAACGGUGGUUCUCUCGGAAGAUAUAUGGGCAACACACGUCUGGAUCGACGGUGCUGCAUAUGUAUCGAGCCUCUCGCGUGAUCCAAGCCCGGACGCCAAACAAAUCUUUGAAGCCGACCCAAGACGCGAAAGUAUAAGUUUUUAUAUUAUGGAAGAUCAUUUGGGAAUACGGCAGGUGCACAUAUCCAGCACGCCUCCGGCGGUUUACAAUUCAUCAGACCGGUCUGUGUGGUGGCGGGUUUACUCAGUCGAAGUCAUGGAUAAUGAGUUCGUGUUCUCUUCCGACGGAAUUAAAUUGCAGCAGCUGACAAUGCCUUCACCUGAGCGUGAAACCAAACUCCAGCAUAUCCCCACCAACUGCUCGUGGUCGGAGCCUCUGCCACGUUCUGAGCUAGCAGUCUUGACCCUGAUGCGGCUGAACUCGCGGCUGGGAGUCCCGAGAUUUCUUCCAUUUACCAUCAACGAGGCCGAUUGUACGGGAUACACAGCAUGUUGGAUCGUACCCAAAAACUCUAAGCGCGGGGCCGGCCUGCUGUACCUACACGCCCAUAAACUGGGAGAGGAUCAAACUUUCUAUCAAAAGACUGCCAACCGUGGUGGGGACUUGGUCUGGACCUAUAUCCCAAUGAAGCCAGGAGAGAGAGUCGACCAAGUAUGGAGUCGGCACGGCAACUACUCGUUCGACGUUACGUUCGCGUUGAAGACGUCGAUGGGCCGUAUAUUGGCCGCUGGCCCAUUCAAGACCCUGGAUUUUACCGAUUCAAGCAACCCUUGGACGUGCAUCGCUCAGCUUUCAACAACCGGCCCCGAUCGGCUGUGGCUCGACGGACCGCAUGCUGAUGGCCAAGCAGUUGCAUGCAUUGCAGGACCGAUGCGCUCAAGAUAUCCGAAGAAACCGUUGCCUGCACACGCAAUUGCGGCAUCUCCGUUUGUCAAGCUCGCCUCCUUCCAUUCGUCAGCUUCUCUUGAAGAUGUCAAGGAAAUUGUUGUUAGCCGCUUGGAGACUUCCUCUCGUAAUUGGAUAUCUGGGAUGCUUUUCCGAUAUGAAAAUGGAGAUGAAACCGCAGUCGGGGAUUUCCGACUAGAUGCUACCAGCCAACGUAUUCGUGUGGUGAAAUCCUCAGGCCUCUACCUCGGACUGGCAAAAUUCCCUAGCCGUACAUAUGUUAGCGGGAUUGAUAUUGUUUCUCCCGACACGGGCUCGCUUUCCUGGAAAACUUUUCCAUGGUCGGGGAGCUUGCAUUGGUGGUUUACCCCGAAAACGUGCUAUGUAGAGCACAGCGAGCUUCCCUAUAUCAACGGCGUCAUCGAGGCGAUCGAUGGGUGA